CAUCAAAAAGGUGUUGAAGAUUCUACAUUACUAAAUCAUUAGGCUUGUCUUUUAACUACUUUCAAUGGGUAGAGAAGAGAUUUUUUUUAGAUUGGCCUUCCAAGUAGUGAUCUUAAGUUUUUUCGCAUUGUCUGGAAUCUGCUUGGGACAAAGUGUUCCUGCUAACUUUGUCUUUGGUGAUUCUUUGGUUGAUGCUGGUAACAACAACUACAUAGUAUCCCUCUCCAAGGCUAAUUACGUCCCGAAUGGAAUCGAUUUCGGAGGGCCAACGGGACGAUACACAAAUGGAAGAACCAUAGUUGACAUCAUAGGCCAAGACUUGGGUUUUGAGGACUUCACACCUCCUUAUUUGGCCCCAACAACUUCUGGAUCAGUUGUUUUGAAAGGUGUCAAUUAUGCUUCUGGUGGAGGUGGAAUUCUUAAUCACACUGGAAAAAUAUUUGGAGGUAGAAUAAACUUUGAUGCCCAGAUAGAUAAUUUUGCAAACACAAGGCAAGACAUAAUCUCAAGCAUUGGUCUCUCAUCAGCUUUGGAACUGUUUAGCAAGUCUCUCUUCUCAGUAACAAUGGGCUCUAAUGACUUCAUCAAUAACUACUUGACACCAGUUCUCUCUGCUCCUGUGCAAAAGUUGGUCUCUCCAGAACAGUUUGUGGCAACCAUGAUCUCAAGAUACCGGCUCCAACUCACCAGGCUUUACAACCUGGGGGCUAGGAAGGUUGUUGUGGUGAAUGUGGGACCCAUUGGAUGUAUACCAUAUCAGAGAGAUACAAAUCCUGCGGCUGGGGACAGCUGUGUGGAACUCCCAAAUCAGCUAGCAAAGUCAUUCAACACCCAAUUGAAGAGCCUUGUUGCAGAACUCAGCACCACUCUCGAGGGAUCAAAGUUUGUUUAUGCAGAUGUUUAUAACAUUGUCCAAGAUAUCCUUGACAGCUACACAACAUACGGUUUUGAAAAUCAAAAUUCCGCAUGCUGCUACAGUGCUGGGAGAUUUGGAGGUUUGAUUCCAUGUGGGCCCCCAUCAAAGGUGUGUUUGGACAGAUCAAAAUAUGUGUUUUGGGACGCAUACCAUCCGUCUGAUGCAGCUAAUGUUAUAAUUGCAAAGUGUCUAUUGGAUGGAGACUCUUAUGGCAUUUCACCAGUGAACGUUCGCCAACUUUGCCAAUCUUGAAUCUUGAUCCACUAACUCCAAUCCGAAAUUAAGCCAUGGAUUGCAAGGAGAAUCAUUUUUACUUUUAUUUUCAUUGGUUCAUUUCGAUUAUUUCUACAGAGUUAUUAUUAGAUUUUUAUAUUGACAAAUAUUGCAACAGAAAGGGGGAACAAAAAUAAUGAAAAUGGAAAAUUUGGAUUCAUUGGUUCAUAAUGAGCAGUGCAUUAUUAUUUGUAUUUUCUUUUCCUGUGCUAUUAUGUCAGGCCUCCGGUGAAGAAGGUCUACACCAGGAGGACCAAGGGUGGUCUGGUGGGAGACUCCGGCCCAAUUGGAAUGGAAGGUAAAGAGUUGGGGCCCAAGACAGGCCCAUCUGGGGAAUCGGUUCUAGCUGGGGAGAGGGAAGCUGACGUGGGAAGUUAGUUAGAGAAUCCGUGGGGUAUUAGUAGGCAGAGGGAAAACGGGGAAGAGGGUGUUGUAUUGUCUGUCUUAGUGUGGCCGUUAGGAGGUUGUGGGAUUCCUCGAAAAUCCCUCCCUAUCCUUCAUUCUUCUGUAUUUCCUUUUCUGACUGUUUCAGUGAGCUCCGACGAGCUCACCUUUGUUUCCGGCAACUCCUUCCAUUAAUAAUAAUAAU